AUUCUCGAAUUGAUCUUUCUCAUCUUUCCUAAAUCACUUCUUUGUUUCCCUAAUUGACUUUCCUAGUAUACCUACACAUACCUUUAUACCUCCAUGUGUUACCUGAAUCACUAUAUAUAUAUAAAUAACGACUAAACCAUCUUAACCUCGGAUAAAACAGUCCCGUUUCGAUACUGAAGCAAAUCAUGGCAACAAGAGAUGUCACAAUAGACGACGGGAGAAAGGACUCUGGUUUACUCGAAAGAGACGUCGGGGUUGGCGAGGAUGAUCGAGCAAGUAAUGAGUCCCUGACGGGGAGUGCUGAGGAUAUCCUAGCGCUUCAGGACUUAGAUCCUGCACUCAACGCCAAGAUGCACCUCGUCAAUAAUGCCAUUGACGAAAUUGGUUGGACUAAUUACCAUUGGAAAUUAUUUGCAUUAAACGGAUUCGGAUAUGCUGUCGAUUCCUUGGUACUGUUGCUGCAAAGCAAUAUAGCAGGACCUGCCUUUAGAGAGUUUGGUGAAGUGGGCUAUGCCAAUGCGCAGACAAUCGCGACAUAUGUUGGGAUGCUUCUAGGUGCCCUUUUCUGGGGCAUGAGCGCUGAUAUCAUAGGACGUCGUUGGGCGUUCAACAUAUCUCUCUUCAUAUCGGCUAUAGCCACGAUUGUCUCCGGCGCCGCCCCAAACUGGGCUUCCUUGGGAUUCUUCGUUGCCAUGACCGGAUUCGGUGCUGGUGGUAAUCUCAUAUUGGAUACCACCGUCUUUCUCGAGUACCUCCCGAGUAACAAACAAUGGGCGUUGACCUUCCUGGCCUGCUGGUGGGGAAUUGGUCAAGCUGUCACAGGCUUCAUCUGUUGGGGAUUCCUAGUUCCGCCCCAGUGGAAUUGUGCAUCUGUUGACAACUGUCCACGAGAUUCCAACAACGGGUGGCGAUAUGUCAUGUACACCUCCGGCGCUCUGGUCUUCAUCAUGUCUAUCUUGCGUAUUACGAUCGUUCAUCUGCAAGAGACACCAAAGUACCGCCUGGGAACGGGAGAAGAUGCCGAACUGGUCAAGACGCUGUACUCAAUCGCCAAGAAAUACAACCGGCCCUGCUCGCUCACCGUGGAGAAAUUGGAGGCUUGCGGAACGGUAAGAUCCGCACACAGUGAGAACCGCUAUUAUCUCCAAGAAAGUGUGGUUCAUCUCUCUGGACUAUUUGCCACGAAGAAAAUCGGCAUUUCGACUGGGCUGAUUUGGCUUUCGUGGACGUUGAUUGGACUUGCGUACCCCCUUUUCUACGUAUUCCUCAACUCGUAUCUUGCCAGCCGUGGGGCGUACGAUGGCGUAGGUACUUUUGACACAUGGCGUAACUACACACUUACGAACAUUUCCGGCAUUUUUGGACCAAUUCUAGCAGCAUGGAUGUGCAAUCUCAAGAUUCUUGGACGGAGAUACACCAUGGCAAUUGGAGCGCUGGUAACUAUGGCAUUCUUCUUUGCCUAUACGGUUGUCUCGACCCCAACGCAAGAUGUCGGAUUUAGUUGUGCGAUCGCCUUCUGCCUCAAUAUCUACUACGGGACCUUGUAUGCGUAUACCCCUGAAGUGCUACCAAGUGCCCAUCGCGCCACAGGAAAUGGCAUCGCCGUGGGCUGCAACCGGAUCAUGGGUAUCAUCUCAGCAGUGGUUUCCAGCACCGCCAACACCGCCACAGUCGUGCCGGUAUACAUAUGCGCGGCGCUCUUCUUGGCAAUGGCAGGCGUCAGUGUUAUCUUCCCCUUCGAACCAUACGGGCGCAGAAGCUCCUGAUCCCUCGGCUACCUACCUAUACUCACUUUGACAAGCGAUGGGUGUUGCUGAGUCUAUACCUAGGCAGGUAUUUAUGCUUACUGAGCACAUGGGACGGGACUCGGACGCUUAUAUGAGGUAUUUUUUAUUGUUAGCAAGUGGAUGGACAUCUAGGUAUAUUCGUUAAAAGGGUUAUAAACAGUAAUAGCAGUAGUAGUGUUUUAUUUUACUACAUUUAUUGAAUAUACCAUCUUAGAACG